CUGCAAGAAAGCUCUGGAAAUCCUGACUCAGACACGUCACUCCUCCACCUCAGACAUAGGAACUGUGGGCGUCUGUGCCAGCCUGUCUUUGGCAAGUGUGGAGCAAUGGAGGGAAGAGGGUGAACAGAGAGCAUGCCCAGACUCAGGACAGUCCCCACUGCUGAGGGACCCUCGUGUGGACCCCAGGGCCUGGCACAGGUCUGACAGCUCUCCUGAAGAUGGACCGCCACAACAUGUCCUGGGUGCGCUACCCGAGCCAGGUGUCCCCGGCCGUGGAGGACGUCAUUGCGGCACAGAGCGUCACCUCUAGGUGCACGCAUGUCUACGUGGCAGUGUGUGUCCCGCUGAGCCUGGCGGCAGGGCUCUUCAGUCUGAGCGUGUUCAUCCGGGACCGUGCUAGGCUGGGGGUGCUGGACAGGCUCCUUGCGAGCCUCACGGUCACCAGCAUCUUGGUGACCCUACUGUCCCUCAGCGCUGCUACCCGGCCUGACUACAUGCACACGACAAACCUGGGCUGCGGGGCGCUCUCAUUCUUCUCCAACGUCUGCUACUUCACAGCCCAGUACCUGCAGGGAGCCACGCUUGCCCUGACCCUUCUGCCGGGAUCUUCGGGCUGCCGGCUCUUGGCGAGGCCUGUGGCAAGCCUCGCUGCCAUCGGGGGCUGUGCUGUCUGUAGCUCGCUCGUCCUGGUGUCCCUGCUGGGCACAUCUGGGGAGCUGCACACGACUGCCAUGUGCCAGGUGGACCCGCUGACUGCAUGGCCGGAAUACGAGAUUGUCAAGUUCAGUCUGGGCUUCGCACUUGCUCUGACCUUCCAGGUUGGUCUCUUCUUCCUGCGGGCCAUGAAGCCGGCCUGGCGGGUGGCUCCGGCUCAGGGGGACACGGCCUCUGGGCGCUGGGUGGUACUGGCCGUGGCUCUCAACAUGCUUGCCUGCAGACUCUUCUCCAAUGCGGUCCUCCUGCAUCGGGCACAGCUGAAGCUUCGGAAGGACGUCGGCGCCCCGAGGGAUGAGCUGCUCAUGAACCUCGCCGAGCUGGCCCUGUCUGCCGAGAGCUGCAACAACUCCGUGGCCGUCGCCCUCCUCCACACACCAUGCCGGCUCCGACUGCUGGGCCUGCUUGAGCGCCUCACGCAGCGAUGCCGGCAGGGGCUGGACAACAACAUGGCCUUGAACAGAGUAGGGGGCUAGACAGAGCCUGCCUGCUGGCGCAGGCCACGGCCCUCGCCGGAGUGUUCCCUGAGAGCUUGAGCAGGGUCAAGGGCUUCGGAUGGUGCUUACAGAACACUGGCAUGUCUGUCCUCACCUCCACCUAUGCAAAACAAGAGUUUCUCUUCCCAGACCAACAGUCAGAGCUUGAGGGACAUGGUGACGUGGGCUGACCAAGGGCCAUGGGUCUGCCGGAGGGUGCUCUGACUAUAACACCCACAUGUAACCACCUCGCCCGCUGGCUCCAUUCAAUAGAUGCGUCUGCCGACAUAGGAAAGGUGCGGUGGGAAUAAACACAACUCUAACGUUUCGUUUCUUGAGACAGGAUCUCCCUACA